CUCUAUGUCGCCUUCCAAGCUAACGACAUAAGCCUAUGUUGCUUAGUACUCUAGCGACAUUGCUCUUCCUCGGCCAACUCAGCAAAGCACGCCAUGUUGGGACAUAUUUGUAACCUACCACCAUUUAGGGGUCGUUUGCUUCAAGGAUUGUAAAAUGAGGGAUUUUACUUAAACGUGGGAUUUAAAAACCUAAGGUUUUAUUUGGGAUUUGGGGCAUUUUGGAUUUGGAAAAAUCCUUCGUUUGUUUCUUCAUUUUGAUCAUGGAUUUAAUGGUUUGGGUUUUAGAAAUAAAAAAUUGCAUUUACCUUAUUGCCCUUUUUUUAACCCAUUAAAAGGAAGGGUUUGCCAUUGUUAUGCGUUUCCUUUCUUUCCUUGUUAGCAGCCACGAAACCCUUUUCCCAAUUCGUUCUGAUCUGUCAAGGAAACCGACACUCAUCCAUUAUCCUUUUUCUGGUCCGCUUUGCUACGUUUGACAGCAGGUACGUUCUCCUUCCAUUAUGCUGCUUCCCAUUUAUAUUUUAGAUUCUUGAUGUAGGAGAUGAUUUCUCCUUUCAAGGCAGAAAAAAAUCCAAUUACCAAUUGCAGACAUCUCAUGGCAAGCGGAGGAAGGGAGAUAGCAGUUUUGGAUGCAUUCCAUUACGAGGAGAAAGAGGUGUUAUGUGAUUGCGGGCUGAGAGCGGCUAGAAGAAUUUCAUGUACCUCUGGCAAUCCUAAUCGCAAGUUUUUUGGAUGCCCACGGUUCAGUCCCUCAGACACUAAGAAAGCGUGCCAUUACUUUGAAUGGUAUGACAUUAGAGCUGCAGUGUUCAAAGCAACUUCAAUGUUGUCUGCAAAGGUUACAAGGUUGGAAACUGAAAAUAGACAGCUUCGCAGUUUGUUAGGGAGAGUUAUGAAGGAUGGAGCUGGAAUACAUGAACCAAUUGAGUUGUUCAUUGAACUGGAAAUCAUCAAGCAGAAGAUAGAGCGGCUAGAGUUAGAGCGUACAAGUAGGAACUGAUUCAACUAGGCCAUGUUGUUGUAUAUCAUGGUGUUUUCAUUCGAGUUAUGCAUGUGUAUCAUUAUGUAUUGCCUAUUUGAUAUCGAAUCUGGAAAGAAUGCUCUGCCAAGGCUAGGCUACCAUAUAUUUCAGUUCUACUUGUCGUUCAGAGACCUGGAAGUGCAGAAGUCAAUAUGUGAGCUGAAUUUGCAAACCUGAACAUAACAAAUAAUGCACAUCCAGGACUUAUAUAUUUGUUAAGAGAGGUAAAGAGUGCAGAGAAUCUGGAAAAGAUCCUGUCAAAUUAUUAGCCGAUAGGAAACUUUAAAAAGAAGAGUAUCAUGAUUUCACAUAAUCAGCUAACUAUAACAGCUAUGAAAAACCAGAGCCACAGAGUAGCUUUCAUAACUCAAAAAUGCAUUUCACAACCGUUUAAAACCAGCAACCAUAAGUCUAACACAGCUAUAACAUUUGGGAUGAAAGGAAACUUCUACAAAAUGAUGGUUUUCCACCGGCAAACACUUGCAAUGGCUAAAUACCGCAUGAGUUAACCUUGCACAAAAAAAAAGUUUCGCAUACAUCCCACAUGUGUUAUGCAAAAAACAAAACAACUUGGUGGACCACAGCAUAUUGUUUGAUGCGGAGAAAAUUUUGAUUCUUUCAAUUGACUUAUGACAGCUAUAUAUAUGAUUGCUAUGAUUUGCGAAAGCUCAUCUAAGAACAACGACUCAACGCAAGGAACAGAGUGUCCUGCUCACCUGGGUUUCGAGUAUGCCGUCGGAGGUUGAUGCCGGCUAAACGCAGACUCGACAUCGGAGGUUGAUGUCGGCUGCAAUUUCCCAGGAAGGGAAGUACUCUUCGCAGGCUUCCUGGUUUGGUGAGUAAGGAAUAGGCAGGGGGAGUGCAAGCGAAGCGACAAAACGGUGGAGAUGAAAUAGGGUAAUUUUGGUUUAAUGAAAAAGAAUGAGGAUAGGAGUGUCAAUUGGCCUCUUGUUUUUUUCAGCACAUCACCAAUUCCCUAAUAAUCAUGUGGGAUUUGUAAAGCUGUGGGCCCCAUGAAUUUGGAGUGAAAAAAAACCUAAAUCUGUGGGGCUUACAUAUUUGUUUCAACAUUUUUGGACCAAGCAAACAAAGGAUUGUAUGUAAAUCCUUAAUAGUUGGUUUUUUUUUACGAAAUCCAUGAUGCAAAUCCUUGAAGCAAACGACCCCUUAGGGAAUUUCAAAAUGUAAUUCUUCUAUUUUGGUGGGGGGGGGGGGGAUAUGUUAUUUUGUCAUCCCAAUUUGACUAAUUGGAAGUUGGAACCAUGGGCUAGGCAUGUAGCUUUUGGCCGAGGUAGCCCGUGACCUACUGAUUGAAUGUGAUUGGUUGUCAGGAUAGUAAAUCACCUUAAUCCUUCAAACUAGUUCUCAAGGUUGUUAACCCGCUAAUCGACCCAGAUUAACCCGGACUCGUCCAUCAAAACCGGUGUCAAUGACCCAAUAAAGCUUUGGCACGGAC